AUGCGACUGUCUUCCGAGCUUAUCAUCACUCUCCUUCCCAUUUUGGCACUCACACCAUCUUCCGCUGCUCACAGAGCCAAAAGAGGAUGUAAGGCCUCUCAAUCAUCAACAAACGACAUGGGAGCCAACAACCUUUUCGCUGAAGUACCUGUCAGCUCUGCGGACACCGAUGUGACUGGACUGGCAGUGGUCCAGACAUCGAACGUACCCUCCUUGACUGACAAGGUAGUUGGACUCACCGAUUUGCCUGUCUCCACUACCUACCAUGAUGUGCCGACUUCUACCAUGACAGGUCUGUCUGAUGACGCGAUGACGAGUGAUGGUGCCACUGCAAUGGCUAGCGCAGUCAAUUCGACGGACGUGGCUUCGCCUUCGAUUACAGUUACUUCCUCUGAGACUACAAACGGAACUUCAAUUACCGGAAAUAACAGUGGAAAGGCAGGAGUAGGUUGGCCAGUUCAAGAGGUCGACGCAGCGCCGGUCGCUCAAUUCUUCACAUCGGAAUCUACAGUUUCAUGGUGGUUCAACUGGAACAAAAAUUGGAAUCAAGGUGUAAUGACAUCUGAUGGAGUAUCAAUUGAUGGAGAAUUCGUGCCUAUGAUCUUCGGUCCUACGUAUCUGGAUAAUGAAGAUACGUUUCAAGAAGGCUUCACAGAGUUGAUGGGCUACAAUGAGCCUGACCUCAAGUCAACUACGGGCGUCUCGGUCUACCUUGAGCCUGCUCAAGCCGCCGAGACAUGGAAAACAUAG